AUGAUAAUUGAUUUCAGAUAUAUAGAAGCAAUAAAACAAGCAGUGACAGCAGUUCGUAUAAUAAAUCGGAUGCGAAUUUCGACAGCAAUAUGUCGAAGAUUUGGGUUCGAGACAGCAGAAGAGGCUGCUGCAGCAUCAACAGGUCUCAAGAAAGAAACUUUAAGCAGGAUUCCGGUAGUGGUUUACAAAUCAGGACUGCACAUUCCAGCAACAGAUUGUCCAAUUUGUAUCGGAGAAUUCAAAGAAGGAGAAAAUGUGAGGAUAUUGCCAAGAUGCAAUCAUGGCUUCCAUGUAAAAUGUAUAGACAAAUGGUUAGUUUUACAGUCUUCAUGUCCAACUUGCAGGCGGCCAUUGUCUGAACAUUCUGCUAAUAGUAAUGCAUGA